AUGUCCGAACAAGCACCGAAGCCAAACUCAAUGGCAGAUGUCCUUUCAAGGUUGCCAGACAAGCGCCCAGUUCAAAUUCAAAUUGCCCAAUUGAAAGCUCAUCUGACAAACACCAUAAAGACUCUCCAAAGUAGUCUUAUGACAGAGAUGACCAAUCUCAAAGCCGAUGUCCUCAUGAACCAAGCUUCCAAUGAGAAAUGCCUGAACGAUUUCACGGAAACCUUGCGCAAUUACGAGAGAGAAAACCGAGACCUUGCCAGACUCAUCUACCGUUUCUUCGAAGAGAUAGACGCCAUCUGGAAGGUACUCGGAAAGGACAGAACAUGCAACACCGUACUUCGUGAGUACCAAAUUGAAGAAGGAAUUGUCGAGGAAGAAGAGGAAGAAAAGAAACACGAAGAAGAAGAGGAAGAAGAUGAAGAAGAGAAACACGAAGAAGAGGAAGUUUGGGCAACCCUUGUUGCCGAUGACGCUUACGAAAUUUCCCAACCCUACCCAUACAAAAUCCGCAACAAGGAGACCGGCAAGGUUCUUACCCCAGUCCUCAACAACUUGGGACACUUGAACCUUACCCUUCGAAAUUACGGUUCAAUUUCCAUGGGAAAGCUUGUCGGUAUGCAAUGGGUUCCAAAUCCAAACAAGAAGACGAGGGUCAGACACAUUGACGGUGACCAGCUCAACAACCGUAAGGAGAACCUCGAGUGGUUCUAA